CUCUCAAACUCAGGCAGUACAAUUGGCGAAGUUUUCAUUUUCACCCAUGGAACUACUAUGUACAGAUCACAUAUACAACUCAGGCAGUCGGUCUUUGUUCACUCACAUCCGUUUUGUGGCAUCUUCAAGUUACAGCCGUGCCGCUAUACGGCCAAAAAAGAAGCUUUUCAGGACCUCGAAGUCACUGAAAAUAUCGAGUUUUGCGGCGUCCGUAAACAGUAGCAGUAAGAGAAGAAUUGAAGCCGAAGCACUAGAAUUGCCAAAGCCUAGCACAAGCACUGCUUUAGAACAACUUGACAUCGAACGUGGCGUCUGUGUUCCAUUUCGCAAGUACACUCCCGAAUCGGUGAGGAAUAAGGUAUUGGAAUCGAGAGGGGCAAUAUUGUCCCUACUUGGUCGUGGAGUUGAGAUAGUUUGGAAUUUGGGACUGUAUUGGUCUGCUUUGAUGUAUGAUUGCUUGGUGGGUCGUGAUUAUGAAGUCGUUCCUUUUCGCGCACGGCAGCUUAGGAAUCUCUUGUGUGAUUUGGGAUCUUCUUUUAUCAAAGCUGGACAGGUUCUUGCAAAUAGACCCGAUAUUAUCAGAGAGGAUUACAUGAAUGAGCUUUGCAUUCUUCAAGAUGAUGUUCCUCCUUUUCCUAAUCAGGUACUAACUACUGAGUGACAUCUUGUCUAUGUGAUGUGACAUGUUUCCUUUACCAUGG